AUUGACCCGAUGUAGUUUCUGAAAAUGUCAAAUCGUUUAGAACUGAUUCGACUGAGGCUUGAGAAUGAAAUCGGUCCAAACCGGACCAUGCUCACCUCUAAAGUCCCAACCAAGGCGUAAAAGGCACCCUUCCGUUUAAUCCUCGAGUAGCGGGAAGCGGCGGCCAUGGCUAACAAGCUCAUCAGCCAAAUGGGUCUUCCUCCAUCCAUCGCGAACGUCUUCGCCGCUCGUAACAUCAUGACCGCCAAGGAUGCUCUCUCGUUGCCCGAGUUCGAGCUGAUGACUCUCCUUGACAUGGGUCUCGAUCAGGUGAAGUCCGCCGUGGAGCGGAUCAGCGAGAUCAUAUGCCCGCCCUACCAAACCGCACUUUCUUUGAUGGAGGAUCGUGUGCGGUUAGGAGGCCAUCUCCCGACGUUGCUUCGCGGUCUUGACGAUGCCUUGUGUGGAGGGAUACCGUUUGGGGCUCUCACGGAGUUGGUUGGCCCUUCGGGGAUCGGUAAAACCCAAUUUUGUCUAAAGCUCUCACUGUUAGCGGCUUUGCCUUUUUGCUAUGGAGGCCUAAAUGGGCGUGUUGUAUACAUUGAUACUGAAUAUAAAUUUAGUUCACACAGGAUGGUAGAGAUUGGAAAAAAUAGUUUCCCUCAGAUAUUUCAAUCAGAAGGCAUGGCACAGCAGAUGGCUGGUAGAAUUAUAGUUGUACGGAUGUCAUCAUUGCCUGAAUUCAUGGAAAGAUUGCAGCAGUUAAAGUUCACACUUAUCCAGCAUGAUGUAAAGUUGCUUAUAGUUGAUAGCAUGGCUGCUCUUGUUUCUGGGGUUAAUGACACAAGUACUGCUGGUCCAAAGCAACAUCUGCUGAGGUGGCCUCUUUCUUUUCUAAAGUCCCUUGCUGAGUUUUCACGAAUUCCUGUUGUGGUAACAAACCAAGUCCGUAGUCAAAAUACUGAUGAAGCCUUUCAUUAUCCAUUUCAAGUGCAAGAGAAGGAUUCUAGCAAAAAUUUUGAAAGGCUAGAGUCUCAUCUAAUUGCUGCUUUAGGGAUCCAGUGGGCUCAUGCUGUAACCAUUCGUCUCAUCUUUGAGGCUCAUUCAGGUCAGAAGUUCAUUAAGGUGGCAAAAUCUCCUAUGUCUCCUGCAGUGGCAUUUCCAUUUAUUGUGGAGUCAUCUGGAAUUUCACUGUUAAAUGACGACGGCUUCAAAGUUAUGGGUCGAGACAUAAGCACAAUUCGCUUUCAAGGUCACAACAUUCUUGAGCAGUGAACUAGUUGGUGUUCUCAUUCAUAGCCAAUUUUCACAGGAUUUUCGAUUGAGACCUUGGAGUUGAGUAGCUUUGCAAUUAGUAUGCAUGUAUGAAGCACAUGAUAUGUCUCAAGUUAAUCAUCCAUUAUCGUUCAAAAAGCAGAAGUGCAUUUUGGAAUUUUCACAAAAUGAGUUUAUUGACAGGUAUUGCCAUUUCAAAGAUCUAUUUAUUCUUUUGGGGCAAGAGCUCUAAGAGUUGAAUUGUGCUUUAUAUGCAUGUGUUAUUGUUUGAACUUUGAUGUCGGUGUAUAACACCAGGGUUGAAGUUUUAUGUUAAUUAUGAAAAAAAAUAUAUAUCAAAAUGAGCAAGGGACAAUAUGGACAUGUGAGAUUUAUAAUGAUUAUUCAGAAUCUUAAAGCCUCCUAAAAGAUCCAUGCAUUAGCUUAAUUGGUUGCUCUGGGUGAGAAUCAGAUUAUUGCCUUUGACAAUCUCCACCGCUGUGUGAUGUUAAUAGCUAUUGCAGAUUUUGUGGAUUAAAUUUUACCUUCUCACAUGGUGCAAAUUCUCUCUUAUAAUCUAAAGAAAUGUGUGAUUUAAUGAACUACCGUCUAGCUUGAUUAAGAAAUGAGGCCCUUUCUGUUGUUUGGUGGCGGAUCUGGGUGAUGUUUUAUCGACUUUUGUGGAUAAAAUUAGCAGGGUAGAUGUAACCGUCAUAUAGAUACUCAUGGAUGUAAUUUAUGUUUAUUUAAUCUACUUGUUGAAGCAAAAUUGCACGGCUAAUGAGCUUAUUUUGUUUGGCUGUUUACGUCACCAAUGCUUUUGGAGGCAGUCUUCUUAAUGUUAGAUCUCUAAGAACAUAUUAACAUUUGAAUUUGCUGAUUGAAGUUACGAGGGAAUUUAGUAUACCAGAAGCACAUUUUGGAGCAACGAACGAUCCUCUUGUACUCGUUUUCCUGAGCAGCUGCUAUGGCAUUUAAAAGGUAAAUAUCUUUUCCUAGUGAUAACUUCAAAUCUUCUCUCAAGUGUUGAGGAACAUACUUCUCUGUUAUUAUGGUUAGACUUAUUUCCAAAAGGAAGUACCAAAUCUUUGCUAUGAUGUAUGGCCGAAUACUAACAAUCAGAACCUUACAUUCCUGGACCCUUGUUUGCAGCUUCCAAAUAUUUAAUGCUUUAUCUGUUUGGGGCCACGGUCAUCAAACUUGGACUACUUUGUAAUGAGGUUGGGGAUGACAUAUCCUGAUCGAACCAUGAAACAAAUUAUUGCCGGGCACAUUCAUAUUUCCA